CGCUUAUGAUUUCUUGCGAGAUACCGACGACGGCAAGCAAAUUCUGAGCUUCUGUUCGAAGACGUAUGAAGAGACAAAGAGUGACUUCGUCAGGGCUCGCAUCGCCUUAUGGACAUUAAAUAGACGCUCCAAGCUCAAAAGCGACCCUCUUUUAAAGCGCCUUGAAAAAGAACCUAAUGUAUUCUAUGUCAUGAACUCUGUUCUGAGUUUGGACAGGGGCUACGUGACAGGUCUCUCGCAACAAAGACAAUUUGAACUUCUUCAUCUAUUCCGAAGAUCCAUCGAAAGCUUAGAAAGAUCAGCACCCUCAUUAAUCUUCUUGGAAACAAUUACACUUUAUGGAGCCUACCCUUUCUUUUAUCAUCUGAUUGGGGACCAGGACUUACAAUACAGUACAAUGGCAACGGAGACUAAAACUCGACUUCUACGUACGGCAUGCAGAUGGGACUCAUGGGAGAUCUUUAGAAACAUCAAAGGUCAUGAACCACCUGGAAAACUUCAAUUUAUAAGCCAUUUGUUAGAAGCCGGCGCCGAGCCUUGGCUCGGCACGGCAUUUUCAUCUACCUCAAGGCACCUCUUCGCGAAUUAUCGCUUAUAUCAAGAUAAUGAAGCUUUUUGUAAGAUUGUACAGGAACUAUUGCAAAUUUUCCUCAACUCCUCUGCGAAUCUACAGACAACGAUAUUAUUCUCCUGUUGGAGAGAAACAGAACCAGCGGGGCAGGACAAGCUGCACAUAUUCGAAAAUAUUUAGGAUUCUCGUUGGAAGGACCCAUCUAUAAUCGUCCAAGCUAACUGCGCUUGGUUGGUCAACACAGUGGCAGAAUCGUUAGCCCGCGGAGAAAAGCACUUCUUGAUGCCCAAAAUUGACG